CCUACUCCUCCAUCCCCACCCCCUCCACCACCCACCACUACAAAACUAUCCCACCUCUCUCCUCUCUCCUUCUUUUUCUUUCUCUGAAGGAAAGUAUACAGAGAAAAGCUCUCUUUUCUACCACCAAAACUGGCUAUCGAUGACCAAGAACCCACCACAAGACAUAUCAAAACCCAAAACCAGAAGAAUCAUGGGAGGAGGAGGUUUAGAUGAUGGUGAUGAUGAUCAUCAAGAAAACAAGUGGCCGCCAUGGCUGAAGCCACUUCUUCAAACAAGCUUCUUUGUUCAAUGCAAGGUUCACACAGAUUCUCACAAAAGUGAAUGCAAUAUGUACUGCUUGGACUGCAUGAAUGGAGCCCUUUGUUCUCUUUGCCUCGCUUCUCAUGGAGAUCACCGGGCUAUUCAGAUAAGAAGGUCUUCAUAUCAUGAUGUGAUAAGGGUGUCUGAGAUUCAGAAAUAUGUGGAUGUAACAAGUGUACAGACAUACAUAAUAAACAGUGCGAGGAUUGUGUUCUUGAAUGAGAGGCCUCAGCUUAGGCCUGGCAAAGGUGUCACCAAUACCUGCCAAGUCUGUGACCGUAGCCUCCUUGAUUCCUUCAGUUUCUGCUCACUUGGCUGCAAGAUUGUUGGGACAUCAAAGAAAUUCAGGAAAAAGAAAAUGUGCAUGGACACUGAUCAAGGGUAUGACACUGAAGGAUCACUGAAUGGCAUUAGCAAUAUUGGGUAUACGAAAAGCAAAGCUCAUCACAGUUUUACACCAUCGACGCCACCUCCGACUGCCGGGAAUUACGGGACGGCAAAGAGAAGGAAGGGGGUUCCCCAUAGAUCUCCAAUGGGGGGCCUUAUUUUACAAUACUAAGAAAUACUUGUCUUUUUACUUGACAAUUUGUAUAGGCAAAAACAUCACAUGAAUGCAUGCCACUGCGCGCUUUUAGCCUUAGGUGGCAACCUUAUAUAUUCUUAAAAUCAGUGUCUUAUAUAUAUAUAUAUAUAUAUGUCACAAAGUUAUAACACCUGAGCCUUUGUCUAUGGAGGCCGGUGUUACAACUCAUAUCUGAUAUAUAGACUAUAUCUUAUAGAUAUAGGUGGUGUACUUCCCAUAUAAAAUGUGUAUAUAUAUAUACAUGUUUGUAGUGUGUUUGUAUUGUGAAAAUCAAUAAAUAAAACAACAAAUAUAUAUAGGUGUUUGAUAUUAA